GCCUUUACCGACACUGAGCAGGCGCAGUACGUCUCUCCCUGGACUCCUCCGCAGCCCGGCUGCUUGUUUUCCUGAUUUGAAGAGCCGCAGUGGACGAGAGAGGACCGGAGCUUGUGACAGCCCUGAACCCCCAGCUACGUGCGCUCACAACCCUGCCAGUUUUAGUGAACGCUGUGUCACUAGAGGCACUCAAUGCUCAGAGAAGAUGAAAGAUCUAGAUCUAGGAGUCGAAUAUGUCAUACCCAGCCUUGGGUACAGAAAUGUUCGGGAGCAAACCAACCAAGAUGAGAAAAAGGAGCAAGAGGACUUCAGAUAUUCGAAAGCGCCGAAAGAAAAAUCACCGGAUGUGGGCAUUCUGGAUGCCUUGGAGACCGCUGCACGAGCUGAGGGUCUUGGAUUGGAUGUUUCCAUGCACUCACACUUGCAGUUCUUGGGUGACAACCACCACAGUAGCAAAUACCACUAUGGUCUACACUUGCUGAAACCUUUUCGAAUUACCUCCAAACACCAGCACCCUGUGGAUAAUGCUGGACUUUUUUCCUUCAUGACUUUCUCUUGGCUUACUCCUUUGGCACAUAAAGCAUACAAGAAGGGAGAAUUGUUUUUUGAAGAUAUCUGGCCAUUGUCCCGCCAUGAGUCUUCUGAUGUCAAUUGUAGACGGCUGGAGAAACUGUGGUUCGAUGAGGUGAAAGAGCGUGGAGGAGAGGAAGCCUCUCUCCGGCGUGUUGGGUGGAGAUUCUGUCGUAUGAGGCUGAUCAUCUCCAUCAUGUGCCUGAUGCUCACUCAACUGGCUGGCUUCAUUGGUCCAGCGUUCGUAGUGAAAAGCCUCUUGGAGUAUACCCAGCAAAGUGAUACGGACCUCUCAUACAGCUUGUUGUUAGUGUUUGGGCUACUCAUGACUGAGAUUGUCAGAUCUUGGUCCCUGGCACUCACUUGGGGUUUGAAUUAUCGAACUGGUUCCCGUCUGCGAGGAGCGAUACUUACCAUGGCGUUUAAGAAGAUUCUUAAGCUAAAGAACAUAAAGGAGAAAUCACUGGGAGAGCUGAUAAAUGUUUGCUCCACUGAUGGGCAGCGAGUGUUUGAAGCUGCAGCUGUUGGCAGUCUGCUGGCAGGAGGGCCCAUAGUUGCAGUCCUUGGAAUGGUGUACAAUGUCUAUGUAUUGGGUCCCACUGGUUUCCUUGGCUCUGCAGUGUUCAUCAUGUUUUACCCAGCUAUGAUGUUUGUAUCCAGGCUCACUGCAUACUUUAGAAGAAAGUGCGUUUCAGUCACGGAUGAACGUGUGCAGAAGAUGAAUGAAGUUCUAAAUUACAUCAAAUUUAUUAAGAUGUAUGCAUGGGUGAAAGCAUUCUCACAAAAUGUACAGAAAAUACGAGAAACUGAACGCAAUAUCCUUGAGAAAGCUGGGUAUUUCCAGAGCAUCACUGUGGGAGUUGCUCCCAUUGUUGUGGUCAUUGCCAGUGUAAUCACUUUCUCUGUGCAUAUGCUGCUUGGAUAUGAUCUCACCGCUGCCCAGGCAUUUACAGUUGUCACAGUCUUUAAUUCCAUGACGUUUGCGCUAAAGGUGACGCCAUUCUCUGUGAAAUCUCUGUCUGAAGCUUCUGUAUCUAUGGAAAGGUUUAAGAGUUUAUUUCUAAUGGAAGAGGUUCACAUGGUAAAGAAAAAGCCAUCCUCCUCAAACAUCACCAUUCAGCUGAAAAAUGCUACAUUAGCAUGGGAUUCUUCCCAUGCCAGCACCCAGUGCUCUCCGAAGACAACCCCCAAACUGAAAAAAGACAAGAAGGGGGCAAAAGGAAAGAAAGAGAAGGCUAAUUUGCAGAACGAAGGGCCACAGGCUGUUCUGGCAGAGCAGAAAGGACAUUUACUGGUGGAUAAUGAUGAGCAAGCCAGCCCUGAUGAAGAAGGUAAAGAAAUCCAGCUAUCAAAUAUACGGCUGCAGCGGACUCUAUACAACAUUGAUCUGGAUAUUGAAAUGGGCAAGCUGAUAGGAAUAUGUGGUAGUGUGGGCAGUGGAAAAACAUCCUUAAUUUCUGCAAUACUGGGACAGAUGACACUUCUAGAAGGCAGCAUUGCUGUCAAUGGGUCUUUUGCCUAUGUUGCUCAGCAAGCUUGGAUAUUGAAUGCAACUCUAAGAGAUAAUAUUCUGUUUGGAAAUGAUUAUGAUGAGGAAAGGUACAACACUGUUUUAAGCGUUUGCUGUCUCAGACCAGAUUUGGCAAUACUGCCCAACAGUGAUUUGACAGAGAUUGGAGAGCGUGGAGCCAACUUGAGUGGUGGCCAGAGGCAAAGAAUCAGUCUGGCAAGGGCCCUGUACAGUGACCGCAGCAUUUACAUUCUGGAUGAUCCUCUCAGUGCCUUAGAUGCCCACGUAGGCAACCACAUCUUCAAUAGUGCUAUCAAAAAGCACAUGAAAUCUAAAACAAUUUUGUUUAUCACCCACCAACUUCAGUACCUUGUGGACUGUGAUGAAGUGAUUUACAUGAAGGAAGGAUGCAUCUCAGAAAGAGGGACACACGAGGAUCUUAUGAAGCUCAAUGGGGAAUAUGCUACGAUUUUUAAUAACUUACAACUCGGGGAUGCACCUCAUGUUGAGGUGAGUCUCAAAAAGAAUGUGAGCACUUCCUUAAAGAAGCCUUUAGACAAAGGAAAUAAGCCAGGGUCUGUGAAGAAAGAGAAGGUCACAAAAAAAGAAGAUGGCCAGCUUAUGCAAAUGGAGGAGAAAGGCAAAGGAUCGGUGCCCUGGUCAGUAUAUGGUGAUUAUAUCCAGGCAGCUGGCGGUCCUUUCGCGUUUUUCAUCAUCAUGGCCCUAUUUGUGCUCAAUGUUGGAAGCACAGCCUUCAGCAAUUGGUGGCUCGGUUAUUGGAUUAAGCAAGGAAGCGGGAACACUACGGUGCUGUUACACAAUGAAACUGUCGUCAGUAACAGCAUGAAGGACAAUCCUCAUGUGCACUACUAUACUGGCAUCUAUGCUCUGUCUAUGGUUAUCAUGCUAAUCCUGAAAGCAGUGCGUGGCAUUGUCUUCGUUAAGGGCACUCUUCGAGCUUCUUCUAAGCUUCAUGAUGAUCUCUUUAGACGCAUUCUCCGGAGCCCCAUGAAGUUUUUUGACACAACCCCCACAGGUCGAAUUCUGACUAGGUUUUCUAAAGACAUGGAUGAAGUUGAUGUCCGCCUUCCUUUUCAAGCUGAAAUGUUUGUCCAAAAUGUCAUACUAGUUUUCUUUUGUCUGGGAGUCAUAGCUGGUGUCUUUCCAUGGUUCCUGGUAGCUGUCGGACCACUUAUUGUCUUGUUCACCAUUUUGCACGUGGUUUCCAGGGUGUUCAUUCGGGAGUUAAAGCGGCUGGAUAACAUUACACAAAGUCCAUUCUUGUCACACAUAACAUCUAGUAUUCAGGGACUUUCCACAAUUCACGCAUACAGCAAAGGGCACGAGUUUCUGCACAGGUAUCAGGAGUUGCUGGACAGUAACCAAGCCCCCUUCUAUCUGUUUAACUGUGCCAUGCGCUGGUUGGCCAUACGGCUUGACAUAAUUAGUAUAUCGCUAAUCACUACUACUGGCCUUAUGAUUAUUUUGAUGCAUGGGAGCAUCUCUCCGGCAUACGCUGGACUUGCAAUGUCAUAUGCAGUACAGUUAACUGGAUUGUUCCAGUUUACAGUCAGACUUGCAUCAGAAACUGAAGCUCGAUUCACCUCAGUAGAGCGUAUCAGCAAUUAUAUCAAGACUUUGGCCCUUGAGGCUCCUGCCAGGAUUAAAAACAAGGCACCCCCUGCAGACUGGCCCCAAGAAGGAGAGAUCAUUUUUGAAACUGCAGGAAUGCGAUACAGAGAGAACCUACCCUUGGUACUGAAGAAAGUGUCAUUUACCAUCAAGCCGAAAGAGAAGAUUGGAAUUGUGGGAAGGACUGGCUCAGGGAAGAGCUCCCUGGGUAUGGCUCUUUUUCGACUUGUGGAGCUUUCUAAUGGUUGUAUAAAAAUAGAUGGUGUAAAUAUCAGCGACAUUGGCUUGGCAGAUCUGCGCAGCAAGCUCUCGAUUAUACCCCAGGAGCCUGUCUUGUUCAGUGGAACUGUCCGUUACAACUUGGAUCCAUUUAACAAGUUCACCGAGGAGCAGGUUUGGGAUACCCUGGAAAGGACACACAUGAAAGAAUGUGUUGCCCAACUACCUCUUAAACUUGAAAGUGAAGUUUUGGAGAAUGGAGAGAAUUUCUCAGUGGGAGAACGUCAGUUGCUGUGCAUAGCACGAGCUUUAUUACGUAAAUGCAAGAUUCUAAUUCUUGAUGAAGCUACUGCAGCCAUGGACGCAGAAACUGAUCUUUUGAUCCAGGAAACUAUACGGGAGGCAUUUUCAGACUGCACAAUGUUGACUAUAGCUCACCGUCUUAACACUGUACUUGGGUGUGACCGUAUCAUGGUGCUAGUACAGGGACAGGUUACGGAAUUUGACACACCGUCUACCUUGCUGUCCAAUGAGAAUACUCGGUUCUAUUCCAUGUUUGCUGCAGCAGAGAACAAGGUUACCGUGAAGGGCUAAAUAAUAAGCACCUCAGCUAAAACCCCCACAUAGUGGGGCUGUGCGCUGCUUCUCAUUCCCUGCCUGUGGCAGGCUCAAUCCCUACUUUUAUUUCUUGACUGAAAAUGUUAUAUUUUGCCUUUUUUUUAUUUUUAUUUUUCUUGUUUUAUUUUUUGUUUAGCACAAACCAAUUCAGGACUGAUUUAGAUAUUUUUUUAACUGUUUGAAUAUUCAUGUUCUAUUGUAUUUAUUCCUAUUACUAAAGGUAAAAAUAUAUGCGUUUUCGUUAUGAAAUGCACUGAAAAUAAUUAAAAUGGUUCAGGCAACCAUAGUUCUGUAUGUAGCCAGCUUAGAAUGAAGCUUUCUACAUGCGUUUGUAUAUAGCCUAUAUUUACUGUGAAGAUGUAAGCUGGUUUAUUUUAUAUUAAAAUGAGCACUGGGUUAACUAUG